AUGGAGACCCAGAGGGCCAGCCUCUCCCUGGGACGGUGGUCACUGUGGCUACUGCUGCUGGGACUAGUGCUGCCCUUGGCCAGAGCCCAGGCCCUUAGCUACAGGGAGGCCGUGCUUCGUGCUGUGGAUCAGCCCAUUGAGAAGUCCUCAGAAGCUAAUCUCUACCGUCUCCUGGAGCCAUCUCCCCCCAGCCUUGGCCACACUGAUGAAGACCUGGAUAGCCCGAAGCGUGUGAGCUUCAAGGUGAAGGAGGCGGUGUGCCCCAGGACGAGCCAGCAGGCCCUGGAGCAGUGUGACUUCAAGGAGAAUGGAGUGGUGAAAAAAUAUGGGGUGACAGUCACCAUGGACCAUUGGAACAAUGUAUUCACAUAAGCCGUUAUGAGCUUAAGAGUUUCAGAAAAUUUGGCACAUCACUGUUCAAUCCCAUGAGGAGUCCCUGGCGGUGGUUCCCUCCACCAAUCUCCCUGCUCCACGGUUAGCUCCAGAAAUAGUACCUCCAUUUCCAUUCCCCAGGCCAAAGUUGAACAAUAUGCAGAUAACUCCCUCAUAGAGGUUUUUGGUGAAUCAGAAGCUCAGGGAAGACCUCUUGGGAUAUGUUUUGCCCUGUG